AUGAUCGCCUCGUCGCUCUUGCUCGCCCUGCUGUUUCCUGUCAUUUCCUGGGGUACGCCUAUGCGACGAAGUAUGCAGGUGCAGGAAUCGCGCACGAGCCCUCCUUCGGGAUACACGGUCACUGGAUCUGCGACCCCGGACGCCGUCCUCACACUUCGUCUCGCCCUUACCCAAAGUGAUUAUACAGGGCUUGUUGAUGCGUUGUACGACGUCAGCACGCCUUCGAGCGCGAGCUACGGAGCGUACCUCAGCAAGGAAGAUGUUGAGGCAUACAUGGCACCGACUGCUGCGAGUACCUCAGCAGUGAAUGCGUGGCUGGCUGAAAAUGGAUUGCAAGCAACUACGCUUUCAUCGGCUGGCAACUGGCUCUCAGUACAGAUGCCCGUCAGCAAGGCGGAUGAACUUCUUGACGCGGAGUUUUCUGUCUUCACCCACUCCACAACUGGCAAGCAGGCUGUUCUGGGUCAUCUCGACUUGGUGCAUCCGACCGUAUCGUUCCCCAACCCAUACAGCCACAUGCCCAUCACCGAUUUCUCGUCAUCCGGACUGACUUCGGAGGUCAGCACUGGUCCAUGCAACAUCGACCUCGUCACGCCCGCAUGCCUACAAUGGUUAUAUGGCAUUCCGACCACGCCUGAGGAGGCGGAUUUGAUGACGUUUUUGGAAGAGCAUCGCCCGGACAUCAAACCCACGACGACAUGGACUCUCGUGACGCUGGAUGGUGGCUCAGACCCUCAGAGUCCUAAUGAUGCAGGCAUUGAAGCGAACCUCGACACUCAGUAUACGAUCGGCCUCGCAACAGGCGUACCCGUCACCUUCAUCUCCGUUGGCAACACCGAUAACGGUACGGACGACGAAUUCGCCGAGACGCUCAUCGAUACGGCGCUGUACAUGCUGGUGCCUUCUCCCCCACAGGUGAUGACGACAAGCUACGGCGAUGAUGAGGAGUACAUUUCCGAGAAUCUUGCAUAUGCUUUGUGUGCCGCAUAUGCGGGCUUGGGCGCGCGCGGUGUCUCUGUGCUGUUCGCUUCUGGUGACGGCGGCGUCUCUGGCCUGCACUACCCCGAGGAAACAUGCACGACCUUCAUCCCAACAUUCCCUUCUGGAUGCCCAUAUCUAACAUCGGUUGGCGGAACCUACCUCAUCCCGGAGACGGCCGUGAACUUCUCGAGCGGAGGCUUCUCGACAUUCUUUGACCGGCCCACGUACCAAGACACCGCGGUUGAAGAGUACUUGACUUAUCUGGGCGCCACCAAUGCAGGGUUGUAUAACCCGAACGGACGCGCGUUCCCCGAUGUCGCCGCGUACGCUGUCGACUUCGACAUCCUCUAUGCAGGCGAGGAGGGCGGCGUGAGUGGGACGAGCUGCGCGAGCCCAACCUUCGCAAGUGUCAUGUCACUUCUUAACGGCGAGCUCCUCGCGGCGGGCCGUCCUGCACUGGGCUUUUUGAACCCGUGGCUGUAUUCGUCGGGCGCAUCCGCGCUGAACGAUAUCACGGUCGGAAAUAACUACGCGUGCUCUAAUUACACUACUGGGUUUACUGCUACUGCUGGCUGGGACGCAGUGACGGGUCUGGGCACGCCGAAUUAUCCGAGGCUGAAGGCGGCACUGGGAUUGUAGCCAUAUUUCGGACUACAUCAACGGUUUGAUUUGGGGACUAGUGGUAUCACACUGUAUCAUUUGGCGACGCGGGUUUGAGUGCGUUAUGCUAGAAAUGCAUCACGAAUAUGGCUUGCGCCUCCGCACUAUUUGACUCGCAUGACCGCAUCGGGCUUUCAGACGUUGGCACCGCCCAGGAACCCAAUGUCCCGUU